ACGUCUGCAGGUGUCUGUGCCUGCGGGUUCACAGUUCCGGGUGGAGGGAGCACGUCACCGUCACGAGUCGCUGCAUCGCUCUCUAGCAGGAAAAGUGUCUGGUUAAUUAAAUAAAAGUAAACAUGUUCAAUGUAUCACUCAACCCUACAUGUACAUUAAUCUUAUAUACACACAAGUUCUUUCCAAUUGAUUGAUAUAGUGACACGUCCCUCAUGAACUGCCUGACAACCGUAUGGGCGUGGGGAGUGGCUGCGCGCGCACACGUAGUGGUGACGUAGUGAGCAGUGUAAUAAAAGGCCGCGAGGAGUGGUGGGCGGCCUUAAGUUGUUGGUGCUUCUCCUGUUGGUGCAGUCCCUGAUACCCGACACACCGAGACCAUGGCUGACGAAAUUCCCGCCCUGGGCACGGACGAGAACAAGGAGUACCGCUUCAGGCAGCUCCACGGCAAGACUCUUCGCUUCCAGGUCAAGGCGGCGCACGACUGUCAUGUGGCAUUCACCACCGGCGCCGAGGAGACCGACCCGAUGGUGGAAGUGUUCAUUGGUGGCUGGGAGGGCGCCGCCUCUGCCAUCAGGUUCAAGAAAGCCGACGACCUGGUGAAGGUGGACACUCCGGACAUCGUGACAGAGGCAGAGUACCGCGAGUUCUGGAUUGCCGUGGACCAUAACGAAGUGCGCGUGGGCAAGGGUGGGGAGUGGGAGCCCCUCAUGCAGGCACCCAUCCCGGAGCCCUUCGAGAUCACCCACUACGGCUACUCUACUGGCUGGGGAGCGACUGGCUGGUGGAAGUUCCUGAACGACAGGGUACUAAACACGGAGGACUGUCUCACCUACAACUUCGAGCCUGUCUACGGUGACUCCAUCUCCUUCAGCGUCGCCUGCAGUAACGACGCGCAUUUGGCCCUCGCCUCAGGCCCCGAGGAGACCACCCCCAUGUACGAGAUCUUCAUUGGCGGCUGGGAGAACCAACACUCCGCCAUCCGCCUCAACAAGGGUGAUGACAUGGCCAAGGUGGAGACUCCCGACGUGGUGUGCACCGAGGAGGAGAGGAAGUUCUUAGUGAGCUUCAGGAAUGGCCAGAUCAAGGUCGGCUACAAGGACACUGAUCCCUUCCUGGAGUGGACCGACCCCGAGCCCUGGAAGAUCACCCAUGUGGGAUACUGCACAGGCUGGGGCGCUACAGGCAAGUGGAGGCUGGAUAUCUAAGUGAAAAUAUAAGUGGAGUGGUGGUGAUGUCUGACACCAUACGUGACGGCAACACCACCACCACCAUCACCCUGCCGCCAUGUUGUCCGCCACCACCGCUACGUAAUAGAGCUUCAAUCCCUGUCUUCGUCUUGAAUUAUAAUAAAAUUUCCAAAGCCACAGAAGCACUGCGAAGAUGAAGCGCCGUGCGAACACCUGCUGCUGCAUUAACCUUUACAUGUCCUCUCAGUCAAGGGAGUCAAGAGGAAGGGGUAUUUUUCGUACUCUUUGUAGCUUCACGUCAAUAAAAAUCAAAACACUG